AUGGAGGAAGCUACUGCGCCGAAACAGUCCACGGUAGCGAAUGAUGUGGAGGUCGACGACGAUGUCUUGGAAGAGAGAAAUGCUCACAAAGUAAUAGACUUGAUGGAAGACCGCGUGACGAUAGUAUCGGUUAUCAUACCCUUUUCGAUAAUCGGUGUGUUGAUUAGAAUUGGGUUAAAGAUGUUGUUUACCUAUCCCGGAGCACCAGUAUUUUACUUGGUAUAUCCGCAAUUUGUGGGAUGGCUGGUGACGGGACUUUGCGGCUCCAUAACCACAUUCUCCUCUUGGAUGCUCGCCACCUUCACGGAUCUCGUAGGCUACACCGCAUACCGUAGAGGUGGCUUCUACAACGUGAUGGCAAGUAUGGCCGACAUUGGAGUGACGAUAGGGAUGUCAUUGGUCGGAUUGAAUGAGACCAUUGAAAAUUCGGAAUCUCUCGUUCCGGGACUGGGUGUGUGUGAUGAGUGGCUUGGCAUCAAUGGUCAUGGUUUUUACACUUGCUUAUGUGAUCGAAGAGCAUCGGAGAAUUCUCUUCGCGGCCGUGUUUGCACCGCUAGGAACAUUUGUCAGAUGGCAGUUGUCGCGUUUCAACAGUUACAAAUCGCAUUUCCCAUUCGGGACGCUCUACGCAAACGCCUUGGGUUCACUUAUUUUGGGCGUGCUGCCGAGAUAUCAACACUGGAAAGACGGCAUGCUUACGUGUACGCCAUAGCUUCCAUAGGGAUAGGACAGAUUGCAAUGAUACUGACCGUUGGAACUUAUAACUGGGAUAAAAUGACGGGAGGUUUGACGCCUACUUGUCAAUAA